CGUCUUAUUUAUAUUUAUAUUUAUAUUUAUAUUUAUAUAUAUUUGUGUGUGUGAAGGGGUAAAGAAAAGACUAAAGAGUGGGAAAUGGAAGAGAAGAAGAAGCAGAAGGAGGGUGGGAAGGAGCAGGUGGAGACCACCAGAGCCGACAGGGCUGUCUGGCUCUUGAAGUGUCCUCCCCUCGUUUCGUGCUCUCUUCGUUCCUCCAACAACGAUCAUCCUUCUCCUUCUCUCGCCAAGGUCAUCGUCUCCAUCGACCCUCUCCAUUCCAAUGACGACUCUGCUUCUCCUCAGUUCACCAUGGAAUUGGCUGGUGCAGAAUCUGGCAAUAUACCGAAGCGUUUCUCUAUGGAAAUGUCCAAAGAUUUGAUUCCAAUGGCAGUAUUCUCGGAGUCUUCGCAAGGAAAGAUUUCAAUGGAGGGGAAGAUACUAAACAAAUUUGACAUGAAGCCCCAUCCUGAGAACCUUGAGAGCUAUCGGAAGCUAUGCCGCGAACGGACUCAAAAAUAUAUGACUAAGACUAGAAAGAUUCAGGUGAUUGAGAAUGACAAUGGAGCUCGAAUGAGGCCUAUGCCAGGAAUGAUGGGAUUUAUUGUUUCUGGACCUGAUAAGAAGAAAACGCCAACCAAGGGAUCUGAAAUGAAAAGAACGAGGAGGGACCGAGGAGAAAUGGAAGAGAUUAUGUUUAAGCUGUUUGAGAGGCAACCAAAUUGGACUUUAAAACAACUGAUUCAAGAGACAGACCAACCUGAACAAUUUGUGAAAGACUUACUGAAAGAUCUGUGUGUGUACAACAACAAAGGAGCAAAUCAAGGAACGUACGAGCUGAGACCAGAAUACAAGAAACUGAGCGAUGAGACAAGUACCAGUACCAAAUUAUCAUGACUUCAUGACUAUAUAUAUAUAAUAAGGGCGAAGCCUUUUAUUACUAUAAUUCCUGCUUUUUUUUUUCAUUUAGUCAGAUUCUACUAACACAGUGAUUUCUUUUUCCCAAAAUUAUAAGUGCAACAUGUCCUAUACAUACCAUGUAAGGCAGAGGCAGAGGCUUCUUCACUUUCUUUGGUUAAACUUUUAGAUAGAGAUAUUGUCUGAUUUGUUCUUACAUGUUUGCACUUGUUCUUGUAUAUAUAUUAUAUGCUUUUCAGUCUUUUCAUUUAAGCAUGAUUAAGCAUAGUCUUUUUUUGGGGAAUUGUAAUUAUUCUUUGCAA